AUGUUUAAAAAAACAUAUAAUAACUUAGAUAUUGUAGAUACUGAUAAAGAUAUGAGUCUUGCUAUUAAGACUAGUAAGAAUAUUAGCUUCAAAGAUAACUGUAUUAUUGUUAAUAAUAGAAAUACAGAUUUUAUUAUUAAUAGUGAUAAGGAUAUUAGCUUUACUUUUGAUGAUAAUAAGGAUACAA